AUGUUUAUCCUAGUAACACUCUGCUGUACUUUUGCUGCCUUAGGUUCCUUCUUAUUCGGCUACGACUCUGGUGUCAUCUCAUCAAGUAUUGAGCAAGAUGCAUUUUUACAUCGCUUUGGCCACAACGGUCUGUCAGAUGCGGCCAGCGGUGGGAUCAUCUCCUCCUAUACCGGAGGUGCCAUUGUGGGGUCUUUGCUAGCAUCCUAUAUUUCCGACGCCUGGGGUCGCAGAAUGGUCAUGUUCAUCGGUGGCUCUAUUGCUACGCUCGGUGCGGCUCUUCAGGGUGGCGCCACCGCUCUUGCUAUGCUGAUCGCUGGGAGAUUCAUUGCCGGGCUGGCAAUUGGCCUCAUGUCCGCCACGGUUCCCGUGUAUUGCACUGAGGUUGCUCCUCCUCAAAUUCGAGGGUUUUUAGCGAGUAUGCAGCAAUGGAUGAUAGGUCUAGGGAUUAUGGUUGCACAAUGGGUGGGCUACGGAUGUUCUCGAUACGAGAACAACUUCUCCUGGAGAUUCCCACUUUCCUUUCAAACAGUCCCCGCUCUAAUCCUCACAUGCGGCGUCUGGUUUCUUCCCGAAUCACCGCGCUGGCUGAUUGAGAAUGGCAAGGACAAACUAGGCCAGGCCAUGCUAGCACGUCUGCACGGCAAUGGAAGUGCAACGAACCCGAUAGUAGAGCACGAACUCAGCCAAAUUUACGAAAGCAUCGCCUACGAGAAACAAUCUGUGGUCCGGUCUUGGCGCAAACUAUUCUCUCGUCAGUGGUGCAACCGCGUUAUGCUCGCAUGUGGCCUGCAAGCAUUCACGCAAUUGUCUGGCACGAAUGUGAUUCAGAACUAUGGACCUCGGCUGUACAAAUCUCUUGGCUUGUCCACCUCGACAUCGCUCAUGAUUAUAGGAGUCUGGGGUGCGUUGGCCUUGUUCUGGAACACGAUCUUCAUGACUUUUGUCGAUAAAAUCGGCCGGCGAAAACUUCUCAUUCCAUCUCUGUUCGGCAUGGGAACAACCAUGUGUGUUGAAGCUGCUCUGGGUCAUUACUUUGACUUUGACGAUAGCAACAGCAACCAAGACGCGCUCCGAGCUGCCAUCGCCAUGUUCUUUGUAUUUUCGCUCUUCUACACUUCUCUCGGUCUCAUUUCGUGGAUCUACCAGUCUGAAAUCUUCCCAACAGCUAUCCGGGCCCGCGGAGCUUCUGUCGCGACAGCAACAAACUGGAGUAUUAAUCUGAUCUUCGCGCAGUGCUCGCCAAUAGCACUGACUAAGAUCGGACCGCGAUAUUUCUACUGUUUUGCUGGCUUCAAUUGGGCUGCCGUCUUUCUAGUCUGGUUCUUCUAUCCUGAAACGUGUGACAGAACACUUGAAGAAGUGGAGGAGGUAUUUAUCGGUCAUCUCCAGCAGCUGGAUGUACGUGCAGAAGCUACGCAAGAGACUGUGCGACCUAAUUCGGAGUGUAGAAAUGAUGGGAUGAAUCCGCUAUCUAUGCAUCCGACUAAUGGUAGUGGUUGGAGUAAUGGCAUAUGCAAGACGACGAGUGAAGUGUAA